AAAAACAUGUCUUUCGUAAUUCGGCUGAUUCGUAAACAAAAUUUGAUAAGAUGCACAUCUCGAAAAUUUGUCUGAUGCCAUUUCUGACACCCAAAAAGUGCAAUUUCUUACGAAAUAUUCCAGUUCUAACCCCAAAACGCUCUCUUUCCGUCCAAGAGAAAGUAUCCGCGGACAAUUACAAAGAAAGAAAAUACACAUGGAUCAACCCGCGGAGAUGGUACAUUCCUUUCGGAAUUGGAUUUUCAUUUUUUUCUAUCUACGCCUGGCGACAAUUCCAACGAAAACCGGAAGAAAAAGCCAUAGCUCGUGACAUAGUUAUCGAGUGUUACUGCCACUUGCCUCUGCGAAUUACAAGCCGUGUUUGGGGUUGGAUUGCCAGUGUCGAAUUACCCAAUAAAUUGAGACCCACUCUCUACAAAUUCUACGCAAAAACUUUUGGUGCAAAUCUGGAAGAAAUUGACCUUGACCUCUCGAGUUUUCCAUCCUUGGUCGACUUUUUCGUGCGACCUUUGAAGAAAGACGCGAGACCCAUCGCGGAAAAUACAAACAUUGUUUCUCCGUCCGAUGGGACUAUUUUGCACAUCGGACCCGUGACGAAUUGUUUUGUGGAACAAGUGAAAGGUGUGACUUAUGAUUUGAGACAUUUUCUCGGUGACAGAAUCGAUGUGAAUUCGAGUGACGAUACAAAAGCCAAAAGUGAUUACAUUUCGUCCCUGCUGAAAAAUCCCGACAAUCAACUUUAUCAGUUCAGUGUUUAUCUCGCUCCCGGUGAUUAUCAUCGCUUCCACAGUCCCACUGAUUGGAAAAUUAAUCUCCGGAGACAUUUUCAAGGAAAACUGUUGAGUGUGAAUCCGAAAAUUUCGAGUUGGGUGCCUGAUUUGUUUUCGUUGAAUGAACGGGCGAUUUAUAUUGGUGAGUGGAGUGCGGGAUUUAUGGCUUAUGCUGUUGUUGGUGCGACAAAUGUGGGGUCUAUUAGAGUGUUUCGUGACGAACAUUUAAUUACGAAUGGAAAAAAGUGGCCCAAGGGGAAAAAUUGUGAGGAGAAAAAGUUUCAGGAUCUUGGGAUUAAAAAGGGAGAAUUAUUUGGGGAAUUUAGAAUGGGAUCGACGAUUGUUUUGCUUUUUGAGGCUCCGAAGGAUUUUAGAUUUUGUUUAAAGGAUGGAGGAAUAAUCAAAGUUGGAGAAGGACUUGCUGACUGUUUUAUAGAAAAGUAAACAUUCGCAAAUGUGCCUAAAAAUCGGGGCUUGAUGAUAGGAUGCUCCAAAAAAUUUUCUCUUUAAUUUUCAGGAAUUUCGACCUCUUUAUUCGAAUCCGCAAGAAAUAAAUGCCUUUUUUUAAAAAUGAUACUUGGAGGUUAAUUAAAAGUUCAUUUAUUACAUAUUAUAUUAUUUUUUAUAUAAUAAUAGAGAUAAAUAAUUAUAUUUUAAAUAUCACCUAGAUAAGUCUAUUUUAUGGGAUCCCAAAAAAAUCCCAAAGUGACAAUUUGCGAGUUUUUUCCGUUAAUUAUGAUUUUUUUGCGGUUUUUU